CAGGCCCCCAACCAUCUAGAUGAUUCCCUCUAAAAUUCGCUCCUAAUUCUAAUUCUGGUAAUUGCAAUUUGCAAAUUCCUCUACUCCGUACAAGAUAAUUCAAUUAACUAUGGAAGUUCUUGGAGUUCUUCCUCUUUGCUCUCCCAAAAUCCCACCCUCAAAUUUUGACAAAAAAUGCAGCACAAAAUUUUACAGAAGUACACAAACUAUCAAGUUCAGUGGGCCUAGUUCUGGGCAACUCAUUCCGCUUCGCAAAACUAUGAAUUGGAAAGUAACCAGAAUGCAAGUAGUGGGAGAAGAGUAUGAAUUGAGGCAAAUGAAGGAUAUGGCGGCUGCUAGAAAAAGAUGGGAAGCUUUGGUGAGGGAGGGAAAAGUCAAACCUUUGACACCAAGGGAAGCUGGGUAUGCUAUCCAACUCAGCGGCAAGACUCUACUUGAUGUUCGCCCAACAUCAGAGCGGAACAAGGCAUGGGUUAAGGGUUCAGUCUGGAUACCCAUAUUUGACGUUGAUGACAAAUUUGAUGCCGGGACUCUCUCAAAAAAGGCAACAAAUUUCAUGAUGGGAGGAUGGUGGAGCGGUGUGCCUACACUUUCCUAUAAUAGCCAGUUCUUAUCCAAAGUUCAAGAGAAAUUCCCAAAAGAUACAGAUCUUAUUGUUGCGUGCCAGAAGGGACUAAGAUCUUUAGCUGCUUGUGAGCUUCUUUGUAAUGCUGGCUACCAAAAUGUCUUCUGGGUUCAAGGAGGCCUAGAAGCGGCAGAAGAAGAGGAUCUUCAGAGGGAAGGUUCACAACCUUUUAAAUUUGCUGGAAUUGGAGGCCUUUCUGAGUUUCUCGGUUGGACAGAUCAGCAAAGAGCUGCUGCAGCUAAAGAAGGAUGGCAAUAUCGAUUAGUUUUCUCUGCGCGUAUGGUUGGACUGUUUCUUGCUGCAGAUGCAUUGUACAUUGCUGCUCAGCAAGUGGGUCGUUAUCUACAAGAAAUACGCUCGUAGUAAAUGUCUUUCUGCCAUUGCAAAUCUGAAGUCAUUCACUAUUUGCAUGUAAGAAGAUGUUUUGGUUUGUAUAUAUGUAUGAACUUGCCAAAUCCAUCAUCUCUUAUUCUCUUAGUGUAAACGAGUUUUAUUUGUUCACCAAAAUUUUGUAGCUUGAGGGCAAUUUUUUAUGAAAUUUUGAUGAAGAUCCUCGUGAAUGUUGUAUGAUAUUCUAUGUAUGAAUUAUAUGUAUAUUAUAUUUCAAAGUUAUUAUGCCUUCGUUUA